CUUCUCAACAUAAACAGAAAUGGCGGAGGCAGCAGCAGCGUCUACGGCAGCUACAUCAGUUACAGGAGGUUGGACCAAGAACGUAACCUGCAGAUAUUUCAUGCAUGGUCUUUGCAAAGAAGGGGACAACUGUCGAUAUUCCCAUGAUCUGGCCAGCAGCAAACCUGCAGCUAUGAUUUGCAAGUUUUUUCAGAAUGGAAACUGUGUGUUUGGGGACCGUUGCAGGUUUGAACACAGUAAACCCGUAAAGAAAGAAGAGUUGCCAACCUCCCAGACGCUGCCGCCCCCCUCCAUUGUGCUAGCUGGCCCAUCAGACCCUGCACCCUGUGGAUUAACACCUGGAUCAGGAGCUCAAGAUUGGGUCAAUGCUGCUGAGUUUGUUCCAGGACAGCCAUACUGUGGACGGGCUGAGCCAGUUAAGGUGGAGAGCUCCGUCCCUCUUAUUAAGGAGAUUGACAGUGAUCCAGCCCAAGACAAAAAAGAGUUGAGGAAACAGCUCUGUCCAUACGCUGCUGUUGGAGAGUGCCGCUACGGAAUCAAUUGUGCCUAUCUCCAUGGUGAUGUGUGUGACAUGUGUGGCCUCCAGGUCCUCCACCCCACUGACACUACUCAACGCUCAGAGCACACCAAGGCAUGCAUUGAAGCCCACGAAAAAGACAUGGAGAUUUCGUUUGCCAUCCAACGCAGCAAGGACAUGAUGUGCGGUGUGUGCAUGGAAGUGGUGUUUGAGAAGUCUAACCCAAGUGAGCGGCGAUUUGGCAUCCUCUCCAACUGUAGCCACUGUUACUGUCUCAAGUGCAUUCGCAAAUGGAGGAGUGCCAAGCAGUUUGAGAGCAAAAUUAUCAAAUCUUGUCCAGAGUGUCGCAUCACAUCCAACUUUGUCAUCCCAAGCGAGUACUGGGUGGAAGAUAAAGACGACAAACAGAAACUUAUCCAGAAAUACAAGGAUGGCAUGGGGAACAAACCAUGCCGAUACUUCGAUGAGGGCCGUGGAACUUGCCCUUUUGGCUCCAACUGCUUCUACAAACACGCCUUCCCAGAUGGUCGUUUGGAAGACGCUCAACCACAGCGAAGACACACUGGAUCCAACAGCAGAAACCGGAACUCGCGGAGAACACCUCUGUGGGACAUCUUCGACGAGCGAGAAAGCACCGACUCAUUUGACAACGACGAUGAGGAGAUGGUGACGUUUGAGCUGAGCGAAAUGCUUCUCAUGCUUCUCGCUGCGGGAACAGAUGACGAGGUGACAGAUUCAGAGGAUGAAUGGGACUUGUUUCACGAGGAGCUUGAUGAUUUCUAUGAGAUUUACCUAUAGCAGCCCCACACUCUAACCCUCCCCAACCCCUAUAUAUUACUAAACACUAGAAUGGACUGUCUUGUGUGAGUGAUGGACAGUAGCUUUCCCCCCUUGUAUUGUGGCAGUGCCUUUAAGCAGGCCAUUAAUAAAUGAACUUAUAAAAGCUUAAAAAAAGGAUUAAAUCCCACCAACUCAGUGCGCUCGUGCUAAACAUUUUAUAGAAAUCUAUCCUCGUGAGUCUUUCCUGUGCAGUUUCUGUUAAAAGGAAAAUGAUAAAAAUUUACUCAGUAUAAAAUUUAACGAAAAAUAACUUUUUGUUGAGAUAUUGCUAAUAAACAUUGUCAAGUUUAUUUGUGGGUGUGGGUUUGACCUGUUUAUUAUCUAUCCAGGUGUUUGUACAUACUUCUGAAUCUCUGCACUUGAACUUACUCGGCACCAUUUACUGUAAUUGAGAUGGGCAUGUUGUAAGAUUUUACAUACGGUUUUGGAAGGCCGGAACUUCUUUUCUGUUUGUAUAAGCUGCUGAUAGCCAACAUAUUGUGCUGAUGUUUAAUAAAUUUUCAAUAAUCAUUUUCCUGUUGUGCUGAAAAGUAUUUGCUGCUUUAAUUUUCUGUGCAUUGAUUGUUUUUCAGGGUCAGAUUUUAUUGGUUUAUCAUGAUAAAUGGGAACUCUCUAUGAAAGCCAAAACAAUGAACCUAUAAAGAAGCUCUGAUUAAGAAGAGCCUUUUUUUUAAAGUAAGCUUCAGUCACUGAGCAGCUCACAGAAUGUACAGCUGGAUUAAUCUUAAAAAUCUCAACUCUCCAGAUGGUUUUCAGUUGUUCCUAGGUCUAAUAGAACAAUGGAAAAUAAUGAUACAGUCAGAAAAAAGCUAAAAUAGAAUCAUGUGGUUUUGAUGACUAUUUUUGAAAUAUCUGCAUGAGCUUUCUUUCUUUUUGAUUUGUGGAAAUGUGUGGAUUUUUUCUUUUUCUUUUUUUACGAAGCCCAAGGAAAGUAAUUCUUGGAUUAUCAACCCUUUCCCUUUUUUGUUGCCUCUGUGGAUAGAUUCUGCGUAACAAGUUGUGGAUGGCUGAAAAUAUUUACCCUUGCUGAAAUCCUCAUAGGAUUGAAAAAGAAAACAAGUGUCAAUUAUGAACAAUUUUGUGAAAUUUGCAACUUUUAUUUCAGUUUUAUUUCAGUUGUUCCCACUGAUGGACAAACUUUAGACUACUGUAACGUUUGUGACCAGAACAUAUUUAAGUCUUUUUACUUCUUCCACAGAGUUUAUACUUUCUUUCUAGUAUAUUUAUUUACAGGAUAUCUCAUGAUUUUUUUCCCUCUGCAAUUUACUCCCAAAUCUGCAUUGACAGACAGCUUUUAUAUAUUUUUGAGUCAUCAGUAGAUAUUUUUUGAGCUUCUCAGUGUCUGAAGUGUAUGUCUUGUGGAGGUUGUGAUGUUAUACACCUGUAUCUACUCAAGAGUCUUGGAAGCAAGCAACUUUUGAAUAAAGUUUUGGUUUAUUUAAGGUGAAAUGUUAGCUCUGGCCUCCAGACAACCGUUUGAGUGAUCAGACUCUUGCAUGAAGAUCAUUAUCAAAAUUUAACUGAUCUCAUACUUUAACAGACUUCAGUCAAAUGGACAAAGUUAUAAUACAUUUGUUUUUUUUAUUUUUUUUCCGUUAACCUGGAUCUCAGGACACCUUUGGUACCAAAAGGCAAAUCCUCUUUUGAAUAAGAGUCAGUACUUUAAAUUAAAAAAAAAGUUUGUGCUUUCAUAAGCUUGUGAAAUAAUUUCUUGUCCUUUAAAAGCAGAGUGCAGCAUACAUUCACUGUUCCCUUUGCUUCCUGUGAUAAUACAUAUGAGGCUUUUCAGCUGAGAAGUUAAACCAGCUGGUUAAACUAUUGAAAUGCAUAUGUUUACACUUAAAUGUGUUCAGUUGUUUUGUUACACAGCCAUCCAUUCUAACUUGAAAUUAAAGUUUAUUAUCAAUCUCUAGACCGUGUGGACUAAUCCUUUUGUCAUGAAUGUUGAAAUAAAAAGCAUUUGAAUUGGAAAAAGAUGCCUCUGCUUCAUUACAGUUAUGAUUAGAGGCUCUGUUGAACAGCCAACAUAUUCACUGCUGCUUUCAUCUCUCAGGAGCCUA